AUGGUCGUGGCGUGUGUUUGCUAUGUGGGCCGUGAGAGUGAGCCCCUCUGCUUCCGGGUGUAUGGUGACUCUGAGGAAAUUCCCAUGCAAUUCGCCGCGUAUGCGGCCCUCGAUGUCAUCGACGAGCAGCUCGCUGCGGAGCAGCAGCAGCAGGGGGCCCCCGGGGGCCCCCCUUCUGGUGGAGACAGUUUUUUGGGGCUUGCAUGCCCCUGUUUAGGCACCCUUCAGGACGCCUCUCUUUACGCCUACGCCGCUCCCACCGGCCUUAAGAUCCUCGUUGGCCUCUCACUCAAGGCUCCCCUACACGAGCAGGAGCUUCGAGCGGUCAGAUGCAGCAGCAGCAGCAACCACACCCGCUUUCACAGCAGCAACAGCCACAGCAGCUCUUGCAGCAACAGCCUCAGCAGCAGCAGCAACCACACCCGCUUUCGCAGC